AUGACUCUGGAUCUCGACGCGUUCGACUCCUCGGUCGCCAGCCUCGGCGAGGAAUCCGAGGGCUACACUCCCGAGAAGCUGAAGAAGGCGGUGUCGAAGAAGACGGGCGGCGGAAAGCCCCUGAACGAGAUUGAAAAUGACAGCGUGCAAAUCGAUUCGCCGGCCCCCACCCCCGCAAAGCCUGGGUCCAAGAAGAGCGCAACCGAGACGUAUCAGAAGCUGACGCAGCUCGAGCACAUUAUCAAGCGUCCCGACACAUAUAUCGGUUCCGUGGAAAUGACGGAAUCGCAAAUGUGGGUGUUCAACAUGGAGAAAAAGGAAAUGGAACUGCGCAAGGUUCAUUUCGUACCUGGUCUCUACAAGAUUUUUGACGAAAUUCUUGUCAAUGCUGCGGACAACAAGCAAAGAGACACGGCCGACCACACCCCCAUGACGCAUCUCAAGGUCACGCUCGAUCGGGCCAAAGGAGAGAUCAGCGUGGAAAACAACGGCAAGGGUAUCCCAGUCGUGAUUCACGAGAUUCUAUUGCUAACAAUUGGCGAUGUAGAAAGAAAAAUGUACAUUCCUCACAUGAUUUUUGGCGAACUGUUAACCGGUUCCAACUACGAUGAUCUCGAGAAGAAGACGGUUGGUGGUCGCAAUGGUUUCGGUGCCAAGUUGUGUAACAUCUUCAGCACUGAGUUCAGCGUUGAAGUCCAAGACGCCGAAAACGGGAAGAGGUACAAGCAGACAUGGAACGACAACAUGAGUAAGGUUGGUAAGCCCAAGAUUACCUCGAGCAAGUCGGCUAGCUUUGUCCGCAUCACCUUUAAGCCCGACUUCGACCGCUUCGGCAUGCCGGGCGGUAUUGAUGACGACCUUGAGGCCCUCAUCUACCGCCGAGUCUACGACAUGGCUGGUACCCUUAAGGGUGUCAAGGUUCUGCUCAACGGUGACCAGCUUAAGCUGAAGGACUUCAAAUCGUACUGUGAACUGUACGCGCGUGCCAUUAGCCGUGAGCGCGUGGCUGAGGAGGGCGGGGAUCCCAAGACGACUGUGUUUGUCGACAAGACCUCGAGUCGACGCUGGGAGGUUGGUUUUGCCGUCUCCGAUGGCGCGUUCCAGCAAAUUUCCUUCGUCAAUUCCAUUGCGACUACGUCGGGAGGAAAUCAUGUCAACUACAUCACGGACCAGAUCACCAACUACUUUUUGACCCAUUUGAACAAAAAGUCAAAGGGUCACGGCCUCAAGCAGAAUCAUAUCCGCAACCAUCUCUUCAUCUUCAUCAACUGCCUGGUCGACAACCCUUCUUUCAACUCGCAGACAAAGGAACAAAUGACGACCAAGGUCAGCCAAUUUGGUAGUAAAUGCUCGCUUUCCGAGGAUUUCCUCAAGAAGAUCACCAAGUCGGAUGCCAUUCAGAAGAUUCUCGACUUUGCCGAGAAGAAGGCGGACAAGAUGAUGGCCAAGAGCGACGGUAACAAGCGGUCCCGUAUCAACAACGCCAAGCUCGUCGAUGCCAACUUUGCCGGAACUCGCCACGGCCACGAGUGCACCCUGAUUCUGACUGAGGGUGACUCGGCCAAGAGUUUGGCCAUCGCGGGUCGUGCAAUUCUCGAUCCCGACCGCAUCGGCGUCUUUCCCCUCAGGGGUAAGAUGCUCAACGUGCGUGAUGCGUCGAUCGACCAGAUUACCAAGAACCAGGAAAUUCAGAAUAUCAAGCAAUUCCUUGGCUUGAAGCACAAGCAAGUCUACACGGAUACCAAGGGCCUCCGCUAUGGCCAUCUCAUGAUCAUGGCCGAUCAGGAUCACGACGGUAGCCAUAUCAAGGGUCUUCUGAUCAACUUCCUCCAGGUCCAGUACCCUUCGCUUCUCCAAAUUCCCGACUUCUUCCGCGAGUUCAUCACCCCCAUCGUCAAGGUGUGGCAGGGCAGCGAUCCCAAGAAACCCAAGAGGCUCAAGUCGUUCUUCACCCAGCCUGAGUAUGAGGCCUGGAAGGAGUCCCACCGCAGUGAACUAUCCAGGUGGGACUACAAGUACUUCAAGGGUCUGGGUACUUCUUCCAACGAAGAUGCCCAAGUCUACUUCACCAACCUAGAUGAGCACUUGAAGGAGUUUGAUGUCAUGCAACCGACUGAAGCCAACAUGCUUGACCUAGCCUUCUCCAAGAAGAAGGCGGACGCCCGAAAGGAGUGGCUGGGGAACUUCGUGCCCGGGACCUUCCUCGACCAAUCUACGAAGACUAUCUCCUAUACUGACUUCAUCAACAAGGAGUUGAUUCUGUUCAGCAUGGCAGAUAACAUUCGUUCUAUUCCUUCCGUCCUUGACGGUCUGAAGCCUGGUCAGAGAAAGGUGAACGAUCUUGCUGGCUUCAUCUCCCACUUGACUUCGUACCACCACGGUGAUGCCUCGCUGCAGCAGACCAUUAUCGGUCUAGCACAGAACUUUGUCGGCUCCAACAACAUCAACUGCCUCGAGCCCAGCGGAAAUUUCGGUUCUCGUCUUGCCGGUGGAUCGGAUGCUGCCAGCGCCCGAUAUAUCUACACGCGCCUUUCGCCUUUCGCGCGCAAAGUGUUCUCGGCGCUCGAUGAGCCCAACCUUGAAUUCCAAAUCGAGGAUGGCCAGGCGAUCGAGCCCAAGGUCUACUGUCCCGUCGUGCCCAUGGUGUUGGUCAACGGUGCAGACGGUAUUGGUACCGGCUGGAGCACUUCGAUCCCAAACUACCAUCCCAUGGACAUUGUCAACAACAUCAAGCGACGAAUGGGUAGGCUCGAGAAGAGCGAUGACGAGGAAAAGCCGUUUGAGCCGAUGUCGCCUUGGUUCCGCGGCUGGAAGGGAACCAGCGAGCCUGCGGGCCCGGACAGGUACAAGUUCAACGGUAUCGCCUACCAAAAUGAGAAGAACCCGAACGAGAUUGUCAUCACCGAGCUGCCCAUCCGAACCUGGACGGAUGACUUCAAGGCCCGGCUGGAGGAAAUCAUUAGCGGUGCCAAAGGCCCGUCAUGGAUCAAGGACUACAAGGAAUUCAACGACCACAAGAAUGUACACUUUGAGAUCAUGCUCAGCGAUGAGAAGGCGCGCGAUGCAGUUCUCAAGGAAGGCAUCGCCGAGCGAUUCAAGCUCAGCAAGCAGAUUGCCACGUCCAACUUGGUGGCCUUUGACAGCAACGGGCAGAUUCGAAAGUACGAGAAGACGGAGGACAUCAUGGAAGAAUUCUACGUCCACCGAUUCAAGAUGUACACGGAGCGCAAGAAGCACUGGCUCGGCGUGUACCAUUCGGAUUACCGCAAGCUCAAGAACCAGUACCGCUUCAUCAAGGAAAUCAUGGAUGCAGAUCUAGUCGUCAACCGCAAGAAAAAGGCUGCCAUCACGCCCCUCGAGAAGAAGAAGUCGACGGACGAUGAUGCCGAAAAUGAGAACGAAGACGAAGACACUGACAAGGAAACCGCCCAGGGCGCGCGCGAUUACGACUACCUCCUCUCGAUGGCCAUCUGGUCUUUUACAACGGAGCGUCUCGAGAGGCUCAAGGAGCAGAUUGCCAAGAAGAAGAAGGAACACGAUGAGCUGCUUGCCCUCAGCGAGAAGGAUCUGUGGUGCACCGACCUGGAUGCCUUUGUCGAGGAGUGGGAACGCCAACUUCGCCUAGAUGCCGAGAUUCAGACAUCAAUCAACCGUCUUGGCCGCCGCGUCUCGAAGAAGAUAGGUGCUGGUCGUGGACGCAAGGGUGCCGCAAAGGAAGAUGAUGAAUAUGAUCCUAGCAAGAAGACCAAGGGCCGGCCCAAGAAGGCCGCAACAGCGGCAGCCCCCAAGGUGGAAACCAAGGCACACCAGCGCUUUGCCGAGAUGUUCACGGCCAAGGCCGCCGUCAGGCCAAAGGAGGAGAAGGACGAGGACGAGGGGCUGGCCGGUGGGUCUGACGGCUUCUCGGAUAAUGACUUUGCCGCGCUGAGCAGGCCCAAAUCAAGUGCCGCGGCGGUGACCAAGUCGGAGUCUGUCGAACCGUCGGAAACCGGGGCGGCCAGAUCCAAGCGCGCUGCGGCCGCUAAGCCUAAGACGUGGGUCGUGGACUCGGAUAGCGACGAAGAGUACGGCGACAAGCUUCUGGGCGACGUCAGCUCCAUGGUCAAGGGCAUCAAGAAAGCGGAUGGCGAUGGCAAUGGUGCCUCGGGCAACGGCAGGCUUAGUCUGUUCACCAUGUCACGGCCCGAGAGCCAAGGACAGGGCAGCAGCGCGGCGUCUGCACUGCCCAAGAUGAAGUCGAAGCCUUCAAGGACCUUUGACUUUGAGGAGUUUGACGACGAGACCAACUAUGAGAUGCUCGCCAAGUCUUCGCCUCGAAAGUCGAUCAAGGGCGACGACAUUGAUGAAUUGUUGUCCGACGACGAUGACUUCCCACCUGCCAAGGCGGCUCCCAAGCCUGUCGCGGCGGCCGCUGCCGCAGCGCCCGCGGCCAAGAGGAGGGGCCGUCCCGCAGGAGCGGCCAACAAGGCCAAGGAUGAAGCCAAGCCUGCUGCAAAGGUGACCAAAGUGAAGGCGGCAGCCACCAAGCAGACGACUCUCUCGCCCGCGGCUAAGGCGUACGCCGCGCGCAAGGCGACCAAGAAGAUUGUUUUGAGCGACGACGACGAAGACGAUGUAGACGCUAUGGAAGACGUGUCGGAGGAACCCGCACCAGCACCAAGAAGGGGCCGGCCUGCACGAGCGGCGGCAACCAAGCCCAAGGCUAAGCCGAGGUAUGUUGACUCGGAGGAUGAAGAGGACGAGGGUUCGUUUGCUGCGCAAGACGAGGACAGCGACGAUCCGUUCGCCAUGGAUUCAGAUUAA